CGCGGAACUCGGCACAGCAUCUCAACAGCUGCCCGGACGCUUUGUGAGGUUGCCCAGGGUGUUCGAGCUGCAGCUGCGUCGCCGUGACCCACUCGAGCCGCACAGUGCACACGCCAACUGCCCGUUCCAUCCGCAGCAUUUUGCGCGCAGCCACUCUGCGACCUCCUCCGUCACUGCAUUUCGCUCCUUCAGCGCGAGACGCAUCCAUCCUCUCCGCACCCAGGUGCUGCAUCUGCUAUGGCUUCCGCCAUCAGCGCCUCUCGCUCUGCCAUGGGCAGCGUCAAUGGCUCGCGGGCCGGGCGCGUCAACAUGCUCCUCGUCUGCGUCUUCCACGCCUUCGCACCCUUGGUCAAGGCUCUUCCGCUGGGCGGCAUCGUGAACGCGCUCGCUGACGAAGACCUGCCCAAGUCGGCCGACGACGCGAGUCUCUGGCUGUACCUGGGCAUCGCCGUCGGGCUGGUGCUCGCUGGCGGUGUCUUUGCUGGCUUGACCAUUGCGCUGAUGGGUCAGGAUGAAAUCUACCUGCAAGUUCUUGCUACCUCCGGCGAACCUCAUGAGCGCAAGGCCUCCAAGAAGGUACUGCGACUGCUCAAGUACGGCAAACACUGGGUCCUCGUUACGCUGCUACUUAGUAACGUCAUCACCAACGAGACUCUGCCCAUAGUCCUUGACAGGUCCCUUGGUGGAGGCUGGCCCGCCGUUCUCAGUUCCACUGUUCUCAUUGUUAUUUUUGGUGAAGUCGUCCCCCAGUCUAUCUGUGUCCGCUAUGGAUUGCCAAUCGGUGCUUGGUGUGCGCCCAUGGUCCUCGGUCUCAUGUGGAUCAUGUCCCCCGUCGCAUGGCCUACUGCGAAGCUCCUCGACUACCUUCUUGGCGAGGACCACGGUACCACCUACAAGAAGGCCGGUCUGAAGAGCUUGGUCACUCUGCACAAGUCUCUGGGUCACGCUGACGAGCGCCUCAACGAAGACGAAGUCACUAUCAUUUCCGCCGUAUUGGACCUCAAGGCUAAGCCUGUGGGCAACAUUAUGACACCUAUGAAGGAUGUCUUCACCAUGCCCUCAGACACAGUUCUUGACGAGAAGAUGAUGGAGAACAUUCUUUCCGCCGGUUACUCUCGCAUUCCUAUUCAUACUCCCGAGAACAAGAACGACUUCGUAGGCAUGCUGCUCGUCAAGAUGCUCAUUACCUACGAUCCAGAGGACGCCCUGCGCGUGCGCGAGUUCGCGCUGGCUACUCUCCCAGAGACACGACCAGAGACCAGCUGUUUAGACAUCAUCAAUUUCUUCCAGGAGGGCAAGUCCCACAUGGUGCUCGUCUCUGAUUUCCCCGGCGACUCCCACGGCGCUGUCGGUGUUGUCACUCUGGAGGACGUCAUCGAGGAGCUUAUUGGAGAGGAAAUUAUCGACGAGUCGGACGUGUUUGUCGACGUUCACAAAGCCAUUCGCCGCAUGGCUCCUGCUCCACGAACCCGUGUGCCUAAGGGUGCUGUAGUCCUGGACGGAUCCCGCAAACCGUCCGAAGCGCAACUUGUCGAUGGUGAGACUGAUACUGAGCAGAACGGCGGACUACGCAAAAUGUCGAUGCCCGAGCAAAGCGACGCCCUCCGCCCGGCUACAUUUAUGCUUCGUCGCCGCAGCACUGGCAACAAGGGGACAUCGGACCCUCUUCGCGCCGAUGACCCUGAAGUCAUGAAGCAUCUGAAGUACCUCGGUCCCUCGAACGCCGCCAACCGGCCCAAGUCUACCCGCAUCAACACCGUGAAGAUUAAGCCUGGUCACACUGCCUCUCCUCAACCCGAGAUCCCCACCACAAUCCCCGAAUACACCCGACCGUUAUCGCAAGGUGUCCUUGCUCAUGAUUCGCAUGCUCCUGAGGGAGGUAUUGGUGAGGGUCUUCUCUCAUCGGCUGCUGGUGAAGCUAGUGACGGCGUGCACAGUCUGGCUGUUGGAUAUGGUACAAUGGCUGCUGCUAGUGGCGACCAUAUGUCUUGGAAGUCUGACCAAACCGGUGCUAAGAACACAGGUGACGAUGCUAUCUCUCCAGGAGCUCAACCGACUCAACCGUCAUACGCCGAUGUUGUGUCCGAAAACACGGACAGCAAGAACGACGUGCAAUCGAGGGGACGUCGCAACUCACACAGCACCAUCGGUUCCCUGCAUUCCGGGAAAUCUCGCUCUCGCAGCCCACCGAAGAAGCGUCACACAGCCCGCAGUGGUAGCAUCUCUGAGAACAUCAUCGACGUGAACGGAGUCAAGAAGAUCGUUUUGGAAACCACAAGUUCUAGUGACUCAGAGGAUAAGCUCGCAGGUAGCCAAGCUGACGGUGCUCAAGACUCGAGGCAGCAGUCCGAAGACGAAUCACCGCACGCAAGUAAGGGCGAGGGAAAGAAGAAGAGGAAGAAGCGAGGUAAGAAGAAGAACAAGGGCGGUAACAGUAGCGAGUCGCAACCCCUGCUUGGCAACCGGUAACCCCAAGUUCUUCUGUGAGACGUGCGGUUGAUUUGCAUUUUUCCUAGCAUGUUGCGAGCCAUUUACCACGAGCGCGAGCAAGAGCGAGAACAUGAAGCCUGGCGAACCGUCAUCUGUUUUCGACAAGAUCAAAAACAGGAUAUUACAUCAGAGGGCCUCAAAAGAAGACGAAGGAUAUGCGGGCGGCGAGGAGAAUGCGAAGAGUAUCGUGUAAUGGGCAUACAAACGGGUUGGCAUAUUUUGGGCUUGUUGUAUCUUUUUUUUUUCUGUAUCAUACGAAAAGCACAACACGGCAUCGAAGCGGUGUAUUCACAUUCAAGCUCCGGUCUUGGGCCAUGCUCC